AUGGAUAAUUUAAAGCAUAAUGACACUAGCUACAAUUCGAAUAUAUGUGACAACGUGGAUAAUUUUACUUUGGAAACUUGUUUAAGAUUAACGGAAGGKCGUAAAAGUAUGUUGCAAAGGAAUGUUUCCAAUUAUAACCGACUUAAAGUUGAGAUUAGGAGUAUACAUAUGGAAUUGGAAGAUCUUCAGCAAGCGACAGCUGAUAUAAAGAAAUAUUAUGAUCAGUCUUACAAUGAUAUCAAUCAAGACUUAGAAGCAAAUUCAUUGAAGUAUAAUGAAGUAUUGAAUAGAAUAUAUGUGUUAGAACGUAUUAACCAAGAAUUAMAGUAUAAUAUAGGAUAUAACAUGGAUAAAAAAAAACAGAUGAUUGAAAAAUAUAAGAAAUUAGAACUUAUCUGUACAGAAACGUCAAAAGACAACAAUAAACAUAAAGUUAAAAUUCAUAGCGAAAAAGAAACUGCAAAUUUGCUAAAACAGCAACUAUGUGAUAUGGAGGACAUGGUAGUUUGUAAAUCAACGGAAGAGAACAAGUUGCGUAGCAUCUUAACGGACAAAGAGACAGCAUUACAUUUCGAUAACAAAAGGCUAAUUGAACAGCAGCGUCAAAAUUAUAUCAGUAAUCGAAUCCUCAAGUCACUGACGACUGAAUGCCAGGACAGAAAAGCGGAACUGGUGGCGUUGAAAAAAGCAACUMUGGAUCAAAUGACCCGGACAGAACAGUGUUUAGUUGUUGUUUGCCAGGAUCUGGCCACCGUAAGUGCCAAAGCAGCUAAUUGGAAGAACAAAGCCGAACAAUCGAUCCAAAUGUUCAAUGAAUUGAAAGCGUACAGUGAAGCAGAAAUGUGUGGUUUAUGGUCCAUAAUAGAGGAAACUUUAAGCGUUCGAGAUCAACUUAUUGAGCAACAGUUGGACAUAUCAAGCCAACUUGAAGAAACAAUAGCCGAUAAUCAACGGUUGAUGGCUGAUGUUAAAACUGUGGUUGAUCGGAAAGCUGGUCUAGUGACCGAAAUUGAACGGCURAAACAGAAACUAGGCUGUGACCGAYUCGCGCUGGUGGUACAGCGGACAAAGUGCAAUGCCGAUGCUGUUUUGCAUGAGGACUAUAUGACAGUCAUGUGGCACACACUUACGUCAAUUGAAAAUAAAGUAGUGGUGUUGAGGCAGGUGUGCAAAGACCGUGAAUCAGCAAUCAGCGUUGUACAUAGAAAACUCGAUGCCAGUUGUUCAAUCGGGUGA